AUGUCCUCCACCCAACUUAACAAAGUUGCCAUAUUUGGUGCCUCUGGCAACUUCGGCACACCCAUCACUGCCGCUCUCAUCAAAGCUGGCUUUGACGUUACCAUCAUCACCCGAAAUGAAUCCAAGUCCACAUUUCCAGAUGGUAUCCCUGUAAUCAGAACAGACUAUACUCUAGAUGCACUCACCCAAGCUCUGCAUGGUCAAGAUGCCGUUGCAUGCGUUGUUGGUCCAGCAGGCAUCCCUCUGCAAGCCACCAUGAUUGACGCUGCUCUCGCCGCUGGCGUCAAGCGCUUCAUCGUUGAUGAUUAUGGCUGGGGUCCAGAGUUUAGAAGCUAUCUUGAGUUCAAAGCAGUGCGCGCCCAAAGAACUGUCGGUGUUAAUCGCGCAAAAGAACAUGCGGGUGCGAACCCAGACUUUACAUGGACCAGUAUCGCGACUGGCAAUCCAAUUGACUGGGCGCUGAAGCGGUUCCCUACCAUGGGAUUCGACAUCAAGAAUCGCAAGGCAAUUAUAUACGACCAAGGCGAAGGGUACUUCACUGGAACCACUCUUGAAGGAAUAGGUCAAUCGGUACUUGGAGUCCUUCAGCACCCUGACGAAACAGCGAAUCAACAUGUCAAAGUGCUCUCCAUCAAAACAUGUCAAAACGAGCUGUUAGAAGCAUUUCAGAAGGGAACAGGGAUUGAAUGGGAUGUCCAGAGACGAACAACCAGUGAGCUUAUAGAUGGAGCGCGAAAGAAGCGCGACACUGGUGAAGGCGGCUGGAUUCUUGACUUGGCCGUUGCUCAAUUGUAUGAAGUAGCUGAGGGAGGGAAAGCUCGCUGUCUUGUUGCAUCGUCAUGGGAGGAGUCGGAUUCUGGGCUGCUUGGGGUUACUCAGGAAACGCCUGAGAGCAUUGUCACCUCUGUUCUAGCUAGUAUUUGA